UAAUAGUAAUUGCCGUCCCCCCCAAACUCACCAAUGCAGUAAGGGCAAUCCAUCCUAACGGUCAAGAUUUCCACCUCUUACGAUUAACGUAUCUUCUCUAACGGCCAUUUCUAUUCGGCAUACCUUUCUCUUAUGGGCUUCCACGAUAAGCUCUCUGACUAAAAUAACGUCAGGUGUUUUUGGAGUUUCGUUCAACAAUCUGGGGAUGGAUGGUACGAUCAGUACAACUCCAAUUCUGAUGAUGAAUCCUUAACGAUAACCCACCCUGACAAUGAUAAGCCUUGCAAAAGAUUGGCGCUACCACGACCACAAAAUUAACCUACUCAUUCCAGCUUCUAUCGUUGUCAAUGGACCCAGCAGAUUUAUUUCGGCAAGCCUUAGGCUCUGUCAAUAGAGCCCGCGAUGCAAAGCUCCUUCGCGCAAGAGAGAGCUCGCACGAAAGCGAGGAUGGUUCACGGAGGAUCGCACAUACCCUGACUGCCUGCUGUAGAUGCCGCCAGGUUUGUAAUACGCUCAUCUUUUUACCAAUUCGCGAUACAAAUUAAACUGACAUUUUUGUCAUUCUUUAGAGAAAAACAAGAUGUGAUCCCAAUUUACCACGAUGCCUGCCUUGUGAGCGUGCCGGUGCAGUAUGCGAGUACUUCGAUACAACGAAGGGCAAAAAGAUCUCUAGGGCAUAUGUGAUAAGGCUGCAAGACAAAGUUCGGGCAUUGGAGACGGAACUUAGUCAAUUGCUUGAAGAAGAAGGAAAUCCCCCAAACUCGGAAGAUAUUGUACGUCCUGGAGGUUUGAUUCGACUCAAGGAAGAUGAUGAGACUCCACGUUAUCUGGGACCUUCAAGUGGAAUUGCGAUGACUCGGAUAGUGAUGGAGGAGGCAAAGAAAUACACAGAUACUAGGAGUAUACGAGAGCUCGUGCCUGAAGUGCGCCAACGUCGAACUCCUGCACAAUCGCCAGAGACGGUAUCGGAACGAAAGAAAUCUUAUCCUAUGAUAUCUGCUGUACCGGCACCAACGUUACCAAGCCGCCUUGUGACCGACAAAUUGGUGGAGUUAUUUAAUCAGAAAGGUCAGUCAAUGAGUUCUCUUCCUUUGUCGACCAGUGAAAUGCUUUAUUGCACUUUCGUUCGCUCAACACGACAAUGGAAAUUUUGAAGGAUAAAGGUGAAUUGAUUGAGCCUCAAGGACAUGCAAGUCUUUUCAAACUGCUAAUUAAGGUUUGGCGAAGAAGCUUUGUCACAUAUAGCCGAUUGUGAGCUCAAUUUUGGCUUAAACCCUCAUCUUCAUUGUGGACUCCAACUCCUGUAAUCCUCGCUGACCAUCCUGCAGCACAGUACAUGCUCCCUACUUUACACGAGCCUACAUUCGCCAGGAAUCUUCAAGAAGUCUAUGAUGGAGACACCGACCCAUAUAAGAACUUCGUUCUUCGUAUGGUCCUAGCGAUAAGUAUGCAGAAGCUGGAUGCGCAGUAUGCUGGCCUUGCUGACAGCUACUAUCUGGCUGCCAUGGGAUACAUCGAAGAUGUAGUAAGACCGAAAGACAUCAAGACACUACAGUGCCUUGUUCUGAUUGCUCAAUACUCAAUGCUAACUCCCACCCGUACCGCUAUUUACUAUAUCGUGGGCCUUGCAACGAGGUUGUGCCAACAGUUAGGCCUGGCGGAAGAGAAGACGAUUACUCAAGGAGUAUCGCUUGGCUUAGUUGAUCCACUACAACUUGAUAUGCGACGAAGGCUGGCUUGGAUUGUCUUAUCGAUGGAGUUCGGUUUAGCUCAGUCGAUGGGGAGGCCGAAUGCUUUCGCGACUGGGAAAGACCAUUUGGACAUACAGUUUUUUGAAACCGUGGACGACGAGUACAUCACUGCCGAUGGCAUACUUCCUGGUCCAAUGUCGGAAAAAAAGCGGCUAGCUAUCCACUUCUUUCGAAUGAGACUGUUGCAAGCAGAGAUCCGGAGGACGCUCUAUUUGCGGAAAAGAGACGAGCCGAAGAAUGAGGACCAUCCUUGGUAUGAUCAAAUGCUUCAGAAGUUGAGGGAUUGGCUCGAGUCUUCUCCUGAAAAUCCUUCGUGGAGUAAAAUUUGGUAAGUGAUACUAUUCAAUGCUCCAAAAACCAGCUUGGCCAUUCGAAUAUUUUAUGUUUUAAAACAAGGCCGUGCUAAUAUACUGUUAGGUUUACUGGGAGGUACAACACGAUGAUAAUCUUCUUGUUUCGUCCUUCACCCCAAGUUCCCCAGCCAUUUCAUCGUUCGGCGAUAAUGUGCUACGAUGCAGCUUCAAGCAAUAUAGUAAUCCAAAGCGAGCAAUUAAAAACAGGGAUGAUUGACUUGACGUGGCCAUUUCUUCUAUCACUCUUCAUGGCUAUAAACACAAUCUUAUGGUCUAUUUCAUAUUCCGAAGUGCGCGCUCUUCACACAAAGGAAGAGCUGGAAGAACAUAUUGCUCUAGCUCUAGACAUUGUUGCACAUUCUCGCGACCGGUGGCCAGGAACCCAAUUAACAGCAGAACUUUACAUGACGCUCACUAAAGCCUGUGUCAAGAGCUACGAACUUGGCGAUAACUUCCUUUCAUCAUUUUCUGCCACUUCUCCAUCGCUGACUGACGCAAACUCACCUUCCGCGUCCGAAUACUCUAGUGCAACCUCAGCCUCAAUUGCUCACUCGCAGCAUAAUGCGCAACAUAACAACACGUAUCAGACACCCCCACAAUUCGGACACGUCUUCAACCAAAUGCCGGAACAAAUACCUUCAUAUGACUACAGCCACCCUUUACCUCCGGUCCAACCUUCUUUUCGGUCCAACUCAAUCUUUGUAAGUCCCUCUAGUGGGCAAUCUAAUCGUCGAUUCAGCUACUUUCCUCCAGAAUUCACACAGCCACAGCAGCCGCAGUCUUAUCCUAUGCCUUGGGCUCCUGUCUCAAACCCACAGCAGAAUCAAAUACCAGAUCAAGUAUCAUUACCACCCAUGCAACAUCCAUUGGUAACUAAUGUAUCCUAUUUUUCGCAACCUGAGUACUACAACUUUCCUCCUCACUUGUUCUCACCGGACAGCUUCGAUAUGGGAAUCAGGUCGGGUAGUCUGAGUCAAGAGCAACAAACGGAAUUGAUGCACAGCUUAGAGACUGAAGGGUUAACGGAGAUUAACAACUUUAUGAAUCACGUCCCACAGUAUGAGCACCCCAUCAAAUAUGAACAACAAUUUACUUGAUGAAUAACCUUCGUUAUUAGGUUUUGACUAUGAGCAGACGAGUAGAUAAUGAUGUCUGUACCAUAAUCAAGCUCCGGAGGCUUGAAUGUUUUAUUACGCUUUUAAUUUUUACUUGAUAUCCAUGUCGACAUGAGCGGACGAGCUAUGAAAUCAUUACUAGGUGUCAGGUGUCGGGUGUCAGGUUUCACAGCGUGGCUUGACUUGAUAGCGUUUUGCGUCCUUUUAUCUUUAGCUAAACCUUACAGUUACAAAAUGUACCACAUAGUUAUUCAUUUAAUGCAUUUCAAAACAGAGAUAUUAUUAUCUGCAUUUGCAUAUUACUGCUGUACGUUAGUGCUCAUACCCUUUGUCCCCUAGCCUCAGACAUCUCUACUGCUUAAAGUACUAAAGUUUUAUGCAUAAGCGACUUCAUCCUGUAAAUUCUCAUAAUUCUGUCCUUCAUUUCACACUCCAUACACAGCACCCCCAAUUCAAAUCCAUAUUAUUCCUGGUAGCAGGUACCGGCUGUAGACUCCUCAUCUAUAUGCUAGAGAAUAACGAUCUUACAAUAUCUAACUAGUUUCUGCAGGUUAGACACGCUCUAGGGGAAUGCGGGUCAGGAAGGAAGGAAAAUUCCUUGAGGGGUUCAAGGUUAAGGGUUUUGGUUUCGAGAUCGGUGGUGAGAGGUGUGAUGUGAUAUGGUGGU